CAACUCGUCCACGCCCACCUCAGCGCUCGAGACAAGCCGGUGGAGGGGCGAGGAAAAUCCAGCGCGACAAUGAUGAAGCAGUCUUAGGGGUUACGGCGUAUAUCCUCAGUGGGGUUCGACCGGAGUCAUCUACAUGACCGAAGACGCUCCACCAACAACGAACCACGCAACCAUGCAAUUCAAAUACAGACGAGUUUGAGCAAGCUUCCGUUCUUGUAGGUUACCUCGCGCGAGCACGCACCGCAUCCUCGCCGUCCGAGACCAGCUGGUUCUACCGUCGUCAUCCGUCAUGGAAGAGCACAGCUAUCCCGACUCUUUGCUGUUGCUCCAGGCCGGUCCGGAGUGGAUGCGGGCCGAGAUCCAGCGCCUCUCUCGGGAGCUGGGCGAAACCACCAACGAGAAGAUCCAGGCGGCCGAGUACGGGCUGGCGGUACUGGAGGAGAAACAGCAGCUGAAACAACAGUACGACGACUUGGAGAUCGAGUAUGAAGGUGUGAGGCAGGAGCUCGACUUGCUCAAAGAGGCAUUUGGGCAAGCUUACUCCAACCACCGGAAAGUGGCAGCGGAUGGGGAGAGCCGGGAGGAGUCUCUUAUCCAGGAGUCGGCCUGUAAGGAGGCCUACUACGAGCAGAGGGUCCUUGAACUGCAGAAUGAGCUCCGCCAAACUCGCAAUAUUCUCACUAACACCCAGUCUGAGAAUGAACGCCUGAGCACCAUCUCCCAAGAGAUAAGAGAGAAUUGCCAGAUGGUGGAGCUCCAGAGGAAUCAGUUGCGUGAUGACAUCAAGGAAUACAAGUUCCGGGAGGCUCGUUUGCUGCAGGACUACACUGAGCUGGAGGAGGAAAACAUCUCGCUGCAGAAGCAGGUCUCAGGCCUCAAGCAGAGCCAGGUUGAGUUUGAGGGUUUGAAGCAUGAAAUUCGUCGUCUCGAGGAGGAUAUGCAGUUCUUGAACAACCAACUGGAGGACGCCAUCCGCCUAAAAGAGAUUGCUGAGCGUCAGCUGGGUGAAGCCCAUGAGACCAUCAAGACGGAGCGUGAGCUGAAAGCCUCUCUUCGGAAGGAGCUGUCCCACUACAUGAACGUUGGAGACACACUCUACAACAGUCCUCUUAGUAUAUCUCUGGAUGGACUCAAGUUCUGCGAUGAGACCAUCACCGAGCCCAACAAUGACGACGCCCUCCAUGGAUACGAUAACAGCUUCAGCAAGCUGCUCACCGAUGACAACCGCAUGUCCAAAAAGGAAGAGCUCUUCCACCCAGCACCCAGUCUUGUGGAUGACCUACUGAGCGAGUUGAACAUCUCUGAGAUCCAGAAGCUUAAGCAGCAACUGAUGCAGAUGGAGCGUGAGAAGGUCAACCUGCUGUCCACCCUCCAGGACUCCCAAAAACAACUUGAGCAGGCCCAUGGCGCUCUCUCAGAGCAUCAGGAGAAAGUAAACCGUCUGACCGAGAACCUCAAUGCCAUCCGCAAGCUUCAGGCCAGCAAAGAGCGCCAGUCUGCUCUGGACAAUGAGAAAGAACGGGAUAGCAAUGAAGACGGGGACUACUAUGAGGUGGACAUCAAUGGGCCAGAGAUCCUGGAGUGCAAGUACAAGGUUGCCGUGUCAGAAGCUGGGGAGCUGAAGGAGGAACUCAAGACUUUAAAGGCAGAGUACCAAGCGUGUCAGUCACGUUAUGAAGAGGAGCGCACCCGGCUGGAGAACGAUGUCAGCACACUUGGAGAGAAGCUGUCUACUCUGGAGAAGACAAGAGGUUUAGAGAAAGACGAAAAGGCCAAGCUGGAGAAGGAGCUGCGUAAGCUGAGUGACGUGGCUGGAGAAUCUCAGGGAAGUCUGAAUGUAGCUCAGGAUGAGCUGGUCACAUUCAGUGAAGAACUGGCGACUCUCUACAACCACGUGUGCAUGUGCAACAACGAGACCCCGAACCGCGUCAUGCUUGACUUCUACAAGGAGGGCAAGGCCGGGCGCAGCAGCCCCGAAGGCCGUGGCCACCGCUCUCCCAUCUUGCUCACCAAGGGCCUCUUCCCAGAGCCUUUUAAGACUGAUCUCAACGACGGCGCUCCAUCUCCGGGCUCCUCUCUGCCUUCUCCUGCGUCCGACCACCGCCGCGAGCCCAUGAACAUCUACAAUCUGGUGGCCAUCAUAAGGGACCAGAUCAAGCACUUACAGCUGGCCGUUGACCGCACCACGGAGCUGUCACGCCAGAGGGUGGCCUCUCUGGAGCUGGGCACCGUGGCCGACAAGGAUAAAGAGGCCUGCAUGGAGGAGAUCCUCAAACUGAAAUCCCUCCUCAGUACAAAGAGAGAACAGAUUGCUACUCUGAGAACUGUUCUGAAGGCGAACAAGCAGACAGCUGAAGUCGCUCUCACCAACCUGAAGAGCAAGUACGAAAAUGAGAAGGCGAUGGUGACCGAGACCAUGAUGAAACUGAGGAAUGAGCUCAAAACACUGAAAGAAGAUGCGGCCACCUUUUCGUCCCUCCGAGCUAUGUUUGCCACACGAUGUGACGAAUAUGUCACUCAGUUGGAGGCCAUGCAGAGGCAGCUGGCUGCAGCCGAGGAUGAAAAGAAGACCCUCAACUCACUCCUGAGGAUGGCCAUCCAGCAGAAGCUGGCCCUGACCCAGCGCCUGGAGGACCUGGAGUUCGACCAUGAGCAGACGCGCCGCUCAGGUACCGGUGUGCGAUCUAAGACCCGCGGCGGCAAGACCUCUGCGAACGCUGCCGGCAACGUAAGUCAGGGACUCACCUGCGCCGGUUUGGGCCCAGCCGAGCACGGCAACGUCAUGCCCAGCGGCCUCCUGGGAGGCCCCGCGGUCUUCUGCAGCGAGAAGUACAAGAUCUACUGCGACUGAAUCUGCAAAGGGACUGCUGUGUACAGAGGGGAGGGGGCCCGAGGGCGGAACCCUCCCCGCCGUAGUGUUAAAGAGCCCCCUCACUCGCUCGCUUUGCUCCUCGGUCGGCUUGCGCUCCUCUAGGGACUGCUGUGUGACUGACCAUCUGCUUGUGUGUGCUCGUGUAAAAAGUUUGGCGAUGUGCAGAGUGCACGCGACGUUUGGGAUGUCGUAGACAAAGGUGCGAGUUGUGUGGCCCCGAUUAUAUUCAGGGGACUCUUUGGAUCAUCUGGAGUGACUAUUAUUUCCAUAGUCUGUGUGCUGUACAUACAGAGGUCGAGGUGGCAUUUGUGCUUUGUGGUUCAACCCUCUGCCUCAUGCGUUGCCUGGCAACAGUAACACAUUUAAAAAAAAAAAAAAAAAAAGAUGUCGAAAAGAUCGAUGUCCAAAUAUGACAUCUGGCGGCACGGGUGCUCCUUUCAACAAAGCUCAGCUGAGCGCUGUUCAUUAAAUGUUUACAUGAAAGAAGAUUAAACACAAAAAAUAUGCAAUGUCGCCCUGCGUUCGGCCAGCGGGGGCACUCUUUGAAUCGACGCGUGGUGAAAAUCGGGAAGCUUUUAUGAUGCGCGGUAAAGGAGCACCUGUGACCGGGGGGCUGUUUUAUUAUUUCAGGAUUGCUUUCAAGUUCAAGCUGUGACGCUAAUGCAGCAAUACUGCUCAGGCUCAAAAGAAACGCAUGGCUUUGCCCUUGGAUGAGCUAUUUGAAGUGCUUUUCUUUUGUCGCGGUACAUGAUCGACUCGUGUGCUUGAAGUCUUUCCAACGUGACCGAUACGUCUUGCAAAGGACUUUUUUUUUUCUUUUUUUCAGAGCCAUAAGAGGAGGGAGACAGGAUAUUUGAGACAAAUCGAUCUCCAAACCUAGAAUAAGUGCGCUUCAGCAUAGGUGCCUCAGGUUCGACCUUCUGGCAAAAAUGAAUUGUUUGAUUACUGUGAACAGAGCUUCAUUAUAGUUUUGAGCAAAAAAAACAAAAACGAUGAUUUUAAAAUCCUAAAAGAGCACAAACCGGAUGGUAAAUGCUACAAACAGACAAACUCCGCGGCGAAAGUGCCUGACAAAAGCAAACACUGUAUAUUCAUCGGGUGAUAUAAAGCUUGUGUCCUACUCUCCCUCCUUCUGUUUUUUGGGCUUCUGAUGACUCCUGAUCGCUACAAGGAGCAUUAGAUCCCCAGCACAUCUCCCGAGCGCAAAAUAUUAUUAAUAUUUGUGUCGGGUAAUGUCCUCACGCUUGUAUUUAACCUUGAAUAAUUUGUGUGUUACUGAUGUGCGUUGAAAUGGAACCAUCCUUUUUUUUUUUUUUUUUACUUUGUUUGGUGAGUGAGGACAAAGCGAAGUGCUGUCUUAGUUGCCAGAAUAGCUUUAACUCCUUGCCGAACUAGUGUUCCGCAAAUAGUAAAAAAAAAAUAUAUAUAUAUAUAUAUAUAUAUGUGGGGCUUGUUUUUUAUAUUCAAUGUACUGCUUUGCGGAUCAUAGAAAUAUUAGCUUUAUGAUCCUAAAAGCAGGGUUGAUGCGAGGGGAUUCCUGCAAGAUUGAGCAAAAAAAAUUUUCUACCAAGAUAUAUAUUUGAAAGUCUAUAUUCUUAAGACGAUCGCGUUCAGGUUCAUGAUCUUGCAGGAUCUCGCCACGGUAUUUGCACGCAAUGCCGGCGUCGCGUCAACCCCGCUUGAGUCGAGCAGCCGUCCUGGCGACCACUCACACCACGGAGGUCAGUCGCCCUCCUUGUUGACCAACUCGCCGAUCUCGUGUUUAUGACUGUGACGGGGAGAAGUAGAGGAGGGGCAACUCGUUGUUGACUUGAUUGCGAGAGGAAUUGAGUCUCUGGGGUUUUUCUCGAGGGAAAAACUCUGGGGAGUUUUAGGAGUAGGGAAAAAAAAAAGACUGGUUUUGAAACCACAAGACUCAGAUUAGCCGAGUCACUAGUUCUUCAUGUUAAGGUUCAGUGAAUGCUGAGCGUUAAGCGGAACCCCGGGAUGGGGUCUUCACUUUCAGUCGUACCUGCCGAAAUCUGCGUCCAGUUUACAUGGCGCAAUAUUAGCAUCUCGCUACUUCGUUCUACACACGAUGAUAUCAUAUAAAACAUCCUGCAUGUCAAAAACUCAUGAAUUUGUUUUUUGGAGAAUCUCCUCUGGUUUGGACUGCUUUUUGAGUCCUGUCAAUUGAUUCAAACUGACACAUCCCAUCCACCAAUGAGAAGCCAGAGGAGAGGUUUGUUUUUUUUGUUGUCAGUUAUUUUAUUCUUUAUUUUUAAUCUGUGCACUUUCAUAAUAUAGAAUUUCAACAGACUAUGAUUAACCUUUAGGAAAGCAUGGUAGUACUAUGGUUUGUGAGAUAUUCAGUAUAAGGAUAUUAUAAAUUCAAGUCAUGUGUUCCACACACUAUUUACUCAACUAAAGUGUUCUCCGCAAACCACAGAGCUACAAUUUUUGCCGAAUCCUAAAGGAGUUACGCAUCAAUUACUCAUUCCUUGAGUUACGUUUCAUAUGUUGUGCUAUUUAUCUGUGUUCGUUCUACUGCCAUAUUCACUACAAAAAACAAAAAAUCCAGGGUGAUCUAAAUCUGGGGUUUUUCAUGUAUUUAUUAUUCCUAGGAAUAGUUCAAAAUAACUCGAUGAAACUUGACAACGCUCUCAUUUGGACCGGUAAGUUGCGUCUGGGGAAAAAUGUGAGCGAUAUUUGAGCUUUUCCCACCUCCUUACCGAGGGCGUUCCACUGCGACGGGGGAUCACUGGCCUUCAGAAUUCUCUGCGAUAGCGACCAUGAAAUUCCAAAUUGGAAUUGUUUCAUUCUCUCUUGGUUUAUCGUGCCAAAUCUCGGCACACCGUUUAAGGUCUGACAGGCAAGCGCCGACUGCAAAAGGUGUCACUUGGGGCUGGUGGGGGGGGUGGGGUCUUUUUGCUUCAUUUAGUUCUUUGUCUUGGACCAGUAGUGCCUUUCAUUGUUUCAAGGGAGAAUUUUAAUCUAGUGUUUUAUGUUUUGGGUUUUUUUUUUGUCUCUCUGGGGGAGGGUUUGGCACUCCUAAUGAUUACGAGCAGCAAUAAGUGCAAAGGGAAUUAUGCCCCUUUCUGCGUGACUCAGAAGAUAUAGAUUUAGAAUUAGCUCGAUAAAUUUGACAUUGUAUUGAAUUCUGCAAGUCAGUGAUCCUCUCAAUAAAUUCAGGGGUAUUAACAAAUUGUCUUUUUUUAUUAUUAUUAUUUUUUUAUAAUCGAACUUUGAGAACCAAAAGUCCCUUUGGCCUCCUGUUGUUGAACAAACAGCUCCAAGCAUCUUUAGUGUUUGCGUAGCUGAGUGGGUUAUUGGAAAAACUGCAAGUUUUGUUGGGUGAAGGUCAUGGGGUUAUUCAUAGUAUUAUUGGAAAAAUGUGCAGAGAGCGCAUUUUAUCUUGCUUUUUGUCUUCUUUUUUUUUCCCAUUUUUGUCUUUUUCUACACCGUCUUUUUGAGUAAUUUGUUUUCAGGAAACAGAAAACUAAAUUAGCAUCAACAAGCGGGAGUAGUGCCAUGAUAGCCAGUGCUCGUUUGUUGAGGCGUCAAAGUUACCAAUAAGGAAGUUAAAGCUAACGAGGGAGGGGAGAAAAAAAAGUGCAAUUCUGAUACAGUUCGAGAUUUUAGACAAAGAAUAAAAUGUUUUCUGUUUGCUGGAAGCGACAGCGUUGUGAUGAUUAAACUAGCGGUGUAAAGUUUAUAUUGUCAUAUUGUCUUUUCAGUAUUGAUCCAUACUAAGAGUGAUAUCUUUAUACGAAAUAAUGAAUUCACCCGUGUGUUCAUAUUUAUUUGAACUGUCAUGCAGUACUGUAUUCACAUCAAUAAUGUGCAUUAUGAUUAGUGGUCUUGAUUACAAGUAAAUGUCAUAUGCAUGUUGAUCAGCUUAUGGGACCUUUACACAGCGGUGAAAACAAACGGGUGAACUUUUUGGGGUGUUUGGAAAAUUAAGACGUAAAUUUUAAGUGAGGAAUAAUCUGAUGUAUUAGUGCUGAACUAACCCGGUGAAAGUGUUUGGUUUUGUUUUCCAGCAGGGACGCGUUCUCGACUGUGUAAGGGUAGUCAUGCUGACUAAAAUCAAUAAACGUGACUUAGGUCACAGAACGCAUCAGUGUUGAUUUUUG